AAAUAUAUUAUUUUGUUAAUCGUAUUGAUUAUUUUCAAUAAUUUAAAGCAAUACAAGUACACUCGUAAGACUCUUAGGAGAGGUAUACACCUCCUUAGAAACACAGUCUUUUUGACAGAAAAAGGGGGGAUCCGAGGAUCGCUUAGAACCCGAUUUUCCCAGGUCAUGGGGGGAUCAUGAUGAUCGCUUAAGUCCCCAUUUCCUUAGACAUGCAUUUCUUUAUAACAGAGUCUCAAUAAGUGUUGUAUUGUAUUGAUUUAAAUUAUUGAAAAUAAUCAAUACGAUUAACAAUUAAGUAAAUUAUUGUACAACAAAUAAAUUACUUUAACAGAAUACAAAUUACAAGUGAUGAUAAAUAAUAUGUACCUUGUGGUCUUUCCAAACGUCUCUUGAACGAUGAUUUGCUUGAUCGUAUAAAACUGUCGGAUCAAUCGGUCCUUGAUCAACAUAAUAUCGUUGAUUGAAAAUAUCAACAUUCGGCCCAACCUACGAUAGCAUAACAAUAACAUAAAUCAUUAGUAUAUAAAUUAAAUAAAUCAUUAUAACAACAACAACAAUUGGGAAAAAUGAGUACGUACCGUUUGAUAAUCAUCAUAAAAAAGACCCUCUUCUUGAGCGAAAUCGGCCAUUCUCUCGGAAUCCGGACAGAGUUUCGACGGGUUUUUAGUGAAAACCAAAGAAAAAGUAUUUUGGAGGCAGAUCGGACUUAGCCGCAACCAACAAAAAAACUAAUUCUAAGGUUGGGUGUGAAGGGGUUGGGUAGAGAGAAGUUAGAGGGAGAGAGGUGGAUGGUGUGCAGAAAAAAGAAGAAGGGGGGGGGGGGGGGGUUUAUAGUGCUCAACCCGCGUGGGGGAGGGUUGGUGGAGUAAAUUCUCGCCACCACAAACCGCGCCCCCAGCACGCGGUUAUAGUUUCCCGAUGGUCAAACCGCGCAUAAGACACGCGGUUUCAUUUUCCCAACGGUCAAACCGCGCCUCGGGCAGGCGGUUUUUGUGGACGACACGGACUGCUGACUUGGCACACGUUUUAUCCGUCUAAACGCUUCUCCGAUUGGCGGUUUGAUGCACCGCCACGUGGCAACACGGUUUGACAGCCUUGCAAGUUCAAACCGCGCCUUGGGGGCGCGUUUUUCUCUUUAACCGCCGCCUGGAUUAGCGGUUUUAUAUGAAACCGCUCAUUAAAUGAGCGGUUUUAAAUAAAGGGUGGUGUUUUUGGAAAUUCUUUGGAGUGGGUGGUAUUUUUAUAAAUUUUUUUUUAACAGUGGUAGUUUUGGAUUUUUUCCCCAGAAAUUGGCUAUUAUGAUUACAAAGUCGAUAAUUAUGAAAAGGCAGAGUCAUGCUAUUUGACCGCCUAGUCAGCACAACCCGACCUAGAAAAAAAAAACUAAAAAAGCUAUGAAAAAUGAACGCCCCGGUGCUUCUUCCCCUCUCACGAUUUUUCCAAGCAGUCACCCUCCACAUGCCGCCUGCGCCUCUACCUACCUUACCUCUAAUCUCCGUUCAACUGCAUCUCCAUUCAAUUUCAUCAAUCCCAUCUUACCUUACCUCUAAUCUUACCUUCAAGGCACUGGCCUCAUCGUUCCCCAUCGUGAUAAUCAGGGUUUCCUCCCAUUGUCUAGAGAUCAUCCAAUAAAAAUAAUUGGCUAAAUUACAAGUUCGGUCACUCAAAUUAUGCAAAUCUUUCACGUUUACCACUAGAAUUACUUUUCUUUCUUAUUCACCACUAUCUUUAAAAUAUACGUCAGCGGACUUGUAUUUAGGUAGCAAUGUAUUAAUGGUUCAGUGGGACCCAAAAAUACAUAACUACUAAAAUAUACCCAACUCGUAUAAAACUUAUCGACUUAAGUAGUAUCAAUUUUGGUCGUUGUGGGGUGUGAUUUCACUUCCCCACACGUAACCGACUCCCGACCCCAUAUCUUUAAAUCGCAGACCAAGCCUCGGUUCUAACCCUAAGGUUAGAGCCAACCGAAGAGUGUUCGAUCCACUCCAACUAACAUCGACGGCGACUCCAAAAAGCGAACGCGACCCCGAGGGACGGUUGCGACAGUAAUAUUGACUUGGAAGAGACACAUGAAAGUCAACAUUCCAAAAUUUCAGUUUAACUAAUGGCCCGUUUACUUGCCAUUUUGUUUUCUGUAGCUGUCACAACAAAAAACAAAUUGAAAUGAAAACGAAGCUGUCGUUUCCUGGGAAACAAAACCUGAAGAAAACUUGUUUAGCUGAGAAUUUUUUAGAGUUCUGAAACUGAAUUCUGAAAAUGAAAACGUGUUUAGUUACUUCAUGUUGUUUUCUGGUACUUGAUUCUCACAAUUUUGUUCAUUGAGUAUCAUACAAUUCUAAUCAUUAUUAUAAUUUUUAAUUCGAAUUACAUAACUUUUAUAUCGACAGAGAUGCUAAAUGCAUCUUGGAUCAAAUUGAGGAAGAAACAAUAAGUUUCAACAUACAUAUAUAAGUAUCAAAUCUUAACCAAACACUAGCAUUUACAGAGGAGAUUAACAAUUUAACAUAAUAAAAUCACAUUAAAGAGCUUUCUUCAUUCUCCUCUGCAAAUCCUCAAUCCCUGUCGUCAGUCUUUGUAAGCCUCUCAUCAAGAACCAGAACAAGCUCUAGAUCAAACUCCUUCCUCAACUAAUAAAGUGAUGCAUUGAGAAUGACAGCCUCUCAGAUAGCUUGAACCUUCCAUCACCAAUAGCAGACACUAGCUUCGUAGGAUUUAUCUCUGAAAUCCCAUCAGUAGAAAUUUGGAUGGAUCAUAAGAUGGCCCCUCGACAUCAUUCUUCUAAUUGAUAUUUCCACUGCAAUAAUUACCCUAUCAAACCACUAGAUUCAUCUUGUAUUAAACUCCCUAUAAUUUUACUUUACAGGCUGAAAAGUGCAUAAAAUCUCUAGAAUUCCAUUACAAUUCAUUCUCAAGGACCCAAGGAAGCUCAAAUCUGUCCUUCCAAAACUCAAACACCCAGAUAAAAAGGAGAUUUCAAAGAAGACGAGGAUACUUGCAAAUUCAGGAGACAACCUUGGACAAGUCCACUUUGAUCUCCUCAAAGUCAAUCCGAUUCACCCUGUAAAAUUUUCCACUCCAAAAGCAUUUGAGUUCAAUUGAAGGUUGUAUAUGUUUGAGAGAGAGGAUGGAGAAUCGCGUCGCUGCUUCUUGAUUUCGCCGGCUGGAGGUAGGAUUCACCGGCGCGGCUUCUCGUUGCAGAUGCGGUCUCGGAAGCGGGGCUGGUUGUUGCCGGAGGGAGAGAAAAUGAGAGCGGGCUGCAGGGGAAGUGGGAAGAGAGCAGAAAAGAUGGUCGUAGGGUCUUUAGUUGGCAAAACGACUGCGUCUGGGAAAAGAGGAGAAAAGCUAAAAAAAUUAUCGCUGGAAAGGAUCGAACCGAUAACCUCAUUAAUUAACAGGGCUGAUUUUCCGCUAGGAAACGGGGAAUAACCCGCCCCAUUAUUUCCAGGAAACGAGUAUUAAUUGUUUCCGCUUAGCUUCCUCAUUUAUGCCAAAUUGAUUUUUCCAAUGAAAACAAAACUACAAAUGAACACAUUUCUUAUUUGUUUUUUGAUUUUCGUUUUUACAACAGAAAACAAAAAACAAAAUGGGAAGUGAACGGGCAUAAGAAAAGAAUUACAAAAUU